AUGUCGACCCAAGCACCAGCAUCCUCGCAGCUUUUUCCCUCUUUCGAGACGAACAAUUUCUACGCUGGGAAUACCUUGAAUCGAGCCAGCUGGCUACGUUCCUCCUCCUCCUUCCUCAACAAAGCCUUGCACUCUUCCCGACCAAGCGCGCGCAUCAUCGUGCUUCAGCAUGGAAAUCCGCUCGUUCACGGAUCGGGCACAUCCGAGGGUCAUCUGGCAACGCUUCCAUGGUCCCGCAUCGCCUCUUCUCUUGGAAGACAAGCACUGCAAGACGUGUUUGGAGCAGAGAUCAACGGAUUGCAUAGACCUGCAAACAUCCGCAACAAAGAUCAAGAAGAGCAGGAAAAAGUGUCGGAAAAGGAUUGGAAGAGAGCUACGGACUCGUUCGUGCCACCUGGGCUCGACAUUGUCUUUUUGGGCAUCUUGCAGGAUGGAGAUUCGAUGACCCAACAGGGUCAAGAUCAGACGAAUGAGAUCAAAGGCGUACCGUACUUUGCCCUUAGUCUCACUCAUAGAUCUCCUCGAGGCGCUCAAACAACAGAGCAAGACACAAAGGACGCGCAGGGUCUUGAAAGACUUCAAGAAGAGCUCUUGAAGGAAGGGUACGACUUCGUGGAUACCAGAGCAUUGGCUCAAGCUGGAAGCUGGCCGGCUGGAGAUGCUGCGAUGAUUGCAGAAGCAAGGAGUCUAGUAGACUGGAACGAGCGCAUGAAUUAUUGCCCUGCUUGCUCCCGUCGACAAUACUCUUUGUGGGGAGGUUGGAAGCGAUGCUGUUCUUCGGGUCUAUUGCCUGUACUCGAAGAGCUCAGCUCUGGCGCCUCUCAGUCAAAUACUCAUCUUGUACGAUCUCUCCUGGGAACCUCUAGCGCGAGCAACAGCGCCUCUUCUGAUUCCGGAGAAGUUCUACUGGACGGCAAACCUCCUUGUCCAGCUAGUGGUACGCUGUCCAACUUUUCCUACCCCCGAACAGAUCCGACAGUUAUCAUGGGCAUCGUCUCCCCCGAUGGCAAUUCCAUACUGUUGGGAAGACAAAAGAGAUGGCCAAAAGGAUUCUGGUCUUGCUUGGCUGGCUUCUUGGAGCCGGGCGAGAGCGUGGAAGAAGCUGUCAAGAGGGAAGUGUUGGAAGAGUCGGGAGUGGAGGUGAAGAGCGUAACGUAUCAUUCCUCGCAACCUUGGCCAUUUCCAGCGAACCUCAUGAUCGGUUGUCUUGGCGUGGCUUCCACCACGACGAUCCGUCUGGAUCUCGAUGCGGAACUAGAAGAUGCGCGCUUCUUCUCUCGAGAAGAGGUCUUGCCCGCACUGGAAGCAUCAGCAGGCUGGACUUUGAAAAGACACGAAUUGGCAGCUGUGGAUGAAGAUGCGGGCAAGAAGGAGGAGCAGAUCAGAAAGGAAAGAGAAAGGUUGGGAUUGAAAGGCGACGCGAAUGCUAGAGGUAGGAGACUAUCGGGAAAAGAAGAAUUUGACAAGAAGGACAGUGGCAGCGUGGCUAAUGUUACGAGUAGAAGUAGGAGCAGGAGCGCUGGACGUGUUCCCAGAGCUGCUUUCAAGAUACCGGGGCCGACCGCUAUAGCGCAUGUGCUGAUUGCCAGCUGGGCAAGAGGCGAAGCGCAUAUUGCCGGCGCACCUUUGCACGAUGGUGCGCAGUCUGGCGUCAACAGGGGCAAAAUGUAG